AUGUCUGACAAACGACGAGCCGAUCUUUGUGUGCCCUACGUGCAUGUUGUCGACAAGCAGAACGACGCUCAGUCCUUCAUCACCACCUCGCUGCCCAUGGCUGCUAUGUUCCUUCGAAACAAGCUCAUGUCGUGGACCGCUCUCUUCACCGCCAUCACCGCCUUCAUGAACGAGCCUCUGAUCAAGCCUACUCAGAGCGACGGUGCUUCUCAGCCCGCCUGGCUGUCUGUGCUCGUCUCUCUCGUUGGUCUGUUCACGUGCUACAUGGAUCUGGCUUUCCCCAGCCAGGGCCGAAAGCUGGCUGCACAGCACGCUGCUUCCUCCACCGCCUCCGCUGCAUCUUCUACCGCUUCUGCUGCCUCCGCCACUGUUGCAUCCGUCGCCUCCAAGGCAACCGGUGUCGCUGCUGACGCCCUGGAUAAGCUGUUCAAGAAGGCAGCUUAA